GCAAUGCACCUCUUUCCUUUUCAUCCAAAGUUUGUUACAUAAAGUAUCGAGAGCCUUCCAGUGUUGGUGUGGCACAACAUUUAACCAACACUGUGUUUAUUGACAGAGCUUUGAUUGUUGUGCCCUGUGCUGAAGAUGACUAGAGUGACCCAGGCUACACUACUACACUAGCCUGACUCAAGGCUUUGUUUUCCAAGCCACUAUACCCGCCGGGGCCCACGCUGCCUUCAAGGGGGGAAUGUGACCAGGAGCGUAGCUGCUGAACCUUCCGAGAUGGACACCUUGUCUCUUUUUAUUUUAUUUUAUUUUAUUUUCAUUUCCUUUUUUUAUUUCUCUCACAUGUUGUCCCUUUUUUUGCUUCUUAGAAGAGUUGCAUAUUCAUUGUAUUGUUUUUUUUUUUUGUUUUCCUGUCCCCCUUGUCCCUCGUCCCCAAUCCCACAGUUGCACCCCUUUGCCUGUCUUUGAAUGCUGUCCAGGUUGACUUGCCGCCCAGUAUUGGAGGGAAGUUUGAACGUGUGAUGCAGCCAACAUGAACGGUUGUCUUGUGUUGCACACCCUUUCCAACACUGCGACACGAUCGCCCCAGGGAGAAAAGCGCCCAUGCUUGAUAUCGUAUGGUUCAUGACCAAUAUGUUUCCAGUACAGGAAAAAUCCCUGAAGAGGCAAAGGCGCUCUCGCUUUUGGCCCCCGCCGCACCAGUGGCCAGCCUGAUGAGCGGAGGAGGACUUCUGCCCAUUCCUAGCCCCGCUACACUACAGAAUCGUGGUCUUCCUUUAGCUAAUCUGGGGGUCCUGAAGUCUAAUUUGGACACAUCUGUGGCGGCUCUAAAUGCAAUUGCUUCACAGCCUCCGCUCAUGGGAAAUGUAGAUCCCUCUAAAAUUGAUGAGAUCAGGAGGACGGUGUAUGUCGGCAAUUUGAAUUCACAGACCACCACAGCAGAGCAGCUCCUCAAGUUCUUCAAGCAAGUGGGAGAUGUUAAGUUUGUUAGAAUGGCAGGAGAUGAAACCCAGCCUACACGUUUUGCUUUUGUGGAGUUUGCUGAUCAGGAAUCGGUGACACGAGCGCUGACAUUUAAUGGAGUCAUGUUUGGCGACAGACCACUAAAGAUUAACCACUCCAAUAAUGCCAUAGUGAAGCCUCCAGAGCUCACACCUCAAGCUGCGGCCAAAGAGCUGGAGGAUGUGAUGAAGAAAGUCAGAGAGGCUCAGUCCACCAUUGCUGCCGCUAUCGAGCCAGAAAAUGAAACUCGUUCAUCCAGUAGAUCUAGACGUUCCAGAAGGUCCAGAUCUCACUCUCGCUCCCCAUCACACUCACGAAGAAAGCGAUCCAGAUCCAGGCACAGGGGACGCCUGUCCCAAAGAUCACGACAGAAGGUGAACGACUCCCGUGGGUCCCAUAAGAGGCGUUCACGUUCCCAAGAAAGGAAACACAGCCGAAGUCGAUCUCAUUCUAGGGACCAAAGGAAGGACAAAGACAGCAAAGUAAGGAAGGAUGAUGACUGGGAAGAAAAGAGGCCACGGGACAAAAAGGGAAGGACGCCUCCUAAGGGCUACAGUGGCUCUAGUCGUUCCCGCAGCAUAAGCAGAGGCCAUAAGAAAAGAAGCAAAUCUCGAUCCAGGUCACCAAGGCGGAAAGCCAGGUCACCAUCGCCGUCUAAAAGAGGCAAGAAAGAUAAAAAGAGGGAUAAAGGACGGGACGGUAGCAGGGAAAUGACAGAGAGCUCAAUGUCCAGGAGGAAAAGCAGGGAUUAUGAACAUAAAGCUAAACCAUCACUGAUGCAGAGGGUCUAUGAGCAGGUGGACCACGAGUAUGACAGUGACAUGGAUGGGUCGGGUUCUGUGGGUAGUGAUGACAGAUCUCCUCAAGCUCAUCUGAACGGCAGCUAUAGGAGCAUUUACGCAGAGGAGGAUGAGCUCUCUGCAGCUGAGUGAUUCUUGUGUACCCAUAAUGCCAAGAACAGUGAUGUUGUCUGGAGAGCACAGCAUAAUGUAUCAUACUCUUAACAGCUGUCACUCCUUUUGAAGUGCUUUCUCUUGCGUCCAUUGCUGUGUGAUUUGUAGGCUUCUGAAAACAUUUUCUACUGCUGUGAAUAUGCUACCUGUCAUAUGAUAUUCAUAUGGAUGAAAAUGUAAAGUUUUGGAUAGAUCUUUAUUGUGCUGAGAGAUGCACUGUAUGUUGAAUGAAGGUGCUUGUGUUGAGGUCACUUUUUUAAUCAGUUUUGCAUUUGUUUUCUUUUGCAUGUAACUUUGUGUUUACAUUCUUGUGGGAAGAUGUUCUUUUAUGCUUCUUUGGUCCAUCUUACUAAAACAAGCCAUUAUUAGUGUGAAUCGAAAAGUUAUAUUUUACCCCAAAAUCAAAAUAACAAUCUCAUUAUUGCUAUAAUGUAAAAACAUCCUGCCUUUUUUUUUUUAAAUUUUUUAUUUAAUUUUACUUAUUCACAUUAAAGUGGAAAAGGAGUUGCUUAAUUGUGAUGUAAAUAUUGCCAGAAAUUGAUUUUGGGGUACCUCGAGAUUCACCCACUCAACCUGGUCUUUUCCAUCAUUUCUAUUUACUGAGUUAAAAAACAAAAAUACAUUUAAUACAUGUGUAUUAUAACACUCCAGGUGAACUGUGUAGGAACACAGUGCAUGUUAAAAAAGUGCCUAGACAGAGUUUGUGUGGCAACAAAAUAUUUAAUGACAAUGUAAAUCAUUUCAAGAGUUAUUUAUCUAGUAUUGUAGGAAAGCUUGUGAAAAAUGCAUAGUUUUAUUCUUAUUUUUAACAGUAUUUUGUUCGAACCAGUGUAUACAGUCCUACAGUAAUCUCUUCAUACAAAGGAUUGUUGUGUGACAUAUAUUCAGAUGUUUAAUAGGUUUUCUAAGAAGCCUUUACUGAUUAAUGAGCACAGCAACAUUAUUAACAGUGACUGCUGUCUCAUUCAGAAUAUCUACAAUUUAAGCUUCUGAAUAUUAUUUAUUUUUUUAUACAGUCUUUUUUUGUUCAGUCUAAUUUUGUAAGUGGGUAUAUAUAAUUAUAUACAGUACUUGUUAGCAGCAGAACUAAUAUGAAUAAGAAGCGACUUCUUAAUGAUAUUGGUUUGUGUGAUUUUGUGCAUCUGUUUAGACAUACAUAUAUAAAAGAUUUUCCUUAACAUAAAAUUUACAUUAAAGAGUUAUACUUCCAGCUAAUCAA